AUGUCAGAGACGCCGCCACCCCACUCUUCGCCCUCACUUCCCUCAUCUCCCUCACUUCCCUCACCUACCCCGCCCCCAUCACCCCCCUCACCGGUGCGGAACCUCCUACCUAUGCCCACCCACCCCUUCCCGCAUCUCAAAUACCAAAUCACAGUCCUCAGCAAGGAUCAAUACGCGGACAUUCUGGACGGCAGCGUACUUCAUCCCGACAUUGUCAAGUCCAGGUCCUCUCUACGUCGCCUUGAAAUAGCCGACUACAUCCCGGAACCAGGCCCCACAGUACCCCUGCCAACACCACGCAAUCGAAUCUACACAUGCUCAGUGUGCGCCUACGCCGUCACAGGGUACACCAAGACGUUUGGCCACGGUAGAGGUGAGGAUAUGGUGCUGUAUGACUGCUCCUGCGGAAUGAGCCAUAGCAAAUUUAUGAGAGUAGUUGCGCAUCAUGCGGAGGUAUGUCCUGGGAUGUUGGAGCGUUAUCUGUAUGCCGAUAGGGUGAGGAUGGGGUGCGGGGUGGCGUCUAGGGAGGUGGUUUUGUGGGUUGCGCCGGGGCGGUGGGGGUUGGGGAAGGUGUGGGAAACAUCCAAAAGGAGUCGGUUGUAG